AUGAAUAGAGUGUUUCAGAGCUCCACUGCACAGCAGAUAAUGGGAGGAAGUCCCGGAUGGUGGAACAGCAUGAGGCCGCCGCCACAACAAGCCUCCCCAUUCUUGACGUCUUCUUCUUCGACAUCUGCUGUUUUUUCUCAGUACUCUCAGCAAACAGCGUGGCAUGAAGACCAAGACCUACCGGAGUCAUGGAGUCAAAUGCUAAUGUUAGUCACUGUUUAUCUAUACCUGUUCUCCCAAUUAUCUUAUCAGCAGAGGAACAAUUCAUGAUGUUUGCCAUUUUAUCUUUCCCAUAGAGAUUCAUUGAUUAAUUUUAGACGGUAGUUUCAUUCAUCCGAAGACGAAAAUCCCACUUGGCUGUUAAUUUAGAGGAAAGACAAUACACGAAAACUCUGCGGUUGAAGGUACGAAUUAUUGGGAGACUCUUCUUUCAAAGGAACCGCUUCUACCAAAUUCUGCAGCUUCCUCUUCCUGAUUUUUAUGUCUCCCUCUUCUUCUUCAAGAAACUAAAUUGGCAUCUAUAAUUCUCCCUCCCUUUCUCUCCCUUCCUUUCUACUCUCUCUCUCUCUCUCUCUCUCUCUAUAUAUAUAUAUAUAUAUAUAUAUAUAUAUACACAUAUAAAUACAUAUAUACGUCUUGAUAAUACACGUUAUUUUUUCUCUCCUCACCAACCCCUAUUUCCCCUUUCGUUCCUCCCUCAUGUAGUCAGCAGUACGCCAGCUUACCAUAGUAUCUUUAAUCUUGGAUACGAAGUGGGAGGUGUCUUUGGGGUGGAGGAACAAUUAUCUCUUUAUGCCCCAUUUUCCUUGCCUUCACUCCAUUUGGUUCUACGAUCUAGAGGUUAGACUCUGAUUCUUGUUUCACAACAUAUACCAUGAGAUCCUCAUCAAUCUUUUUCAUCAUCAACAUCUUUUUAUUUUUGUGAGUUGUAGAGGGGCAUCAUUUGCUUGAUUUUUUUCUGUAUUGCGUUUAGAAAAUGAUUAUCUUUUCUUUUUUUCCUCCUGUCCCGUGCGACCCGGUCGUCCUUACAGGGGUGGAUUGGUCGGAGACGAGGACAGGUGCAACUAUUCACCGUUCCAAGCCAAGAAGAUUGAUAGUUUAGAAGAUCAAGCACUGUAUCACUCAAUGGGAACCCACCUUUCUGAUGUGAAGCAAGAGCCAUCAGAGAACGGAUAUCUCUAUGGGUAUGGGAACGAAGAAAUUCCGACGAUAAGAUCCACCUGGAGUCAUGUUCUGCAAGUUUCGUCCCCGAGAUCCUGCGUCACUAGUCUAAGCAGCAACGUGCUAGACUUUUCAGGUAGCCAGCUUGAAGGAAGGCCCCAGCAAAUAGAUCACUCCGAGGUAAGAGAUUACCGGGUGAGAUUGUACGGAAGUGGUUUUUUCCCAUCUUGCUCACAGUCUUUUCUACUUCACUGUUCUUUCUUUUACUUUACCGAAGAAGGUCUCUGGACAUCAUGAAUAUCAUAAUAUUCUACAUUCCUACCACACGAGUAGGAUAUCCUAGACGUCACGUUAAUCGGAUAUCCUACCAAACGAGUUCUCAAAUUCAAUGAUUUUCAGGGUUAGAAGAUGGAAUGUGUUAUUCUCAAAGAUAUAAAUCUGUGUCCCAUGGGAAUGUUUUAGUCAUACUAAGAAGAACCCUAAUUUCUUGUUGUCUAUUUUCACUAGUGCAACAGCACAUCUAAUGGCACAGCUGUCAAGAAAGCGAGAAUCCAACCUUCCCCGUCAACUCAUUCCACAUUCAAGGUUUGCCAUAGAUAACAAAUUCGUCCAGGUCCUUUCUUUCCAGACGCUUCACCGACGUCAACCAUUUUCGUUUCAGGUGCGGAAGGAGAAACUAGGAGAUAGAAUUACGGCCCUUCACCAGCUAGUUUCCCCGUUCGGAAAGGUGGAUAACAUAGCAUCCUUUGAUUCUCUAUUGAUUAUCGUUCUCCUAUGAGUUACCGAGAGAAAGAAAGUUUCUUCUACCCUGAAGCGGUUUCCCAGCUUCGUUUUUUUUUUUCUUGGUGUUCAUUAAUUAAAGGACUGACGCCGAAGGCUCCUUUUGCAGACUGACACUGCGUCUGUACUAUUAGAAGCUAUUGGCUACAUCAGAUUCCUUCAGAGUCAAAUUGAGGUGAUGCUGACUCUCCCUGCAACUCAAUGAAUGCACUUUGGCAGUAAAAAUAUGCAACCACCCCCGUUUUAAGAUUUAUAGAAAAUAGAGAUAGCUCUUUCCGUAGCUCUAACCAGAACUUAUAGGCUGUGUUGCUCAGAGUUUGGGCGAAUCGCCUUUCUCAUACACUCUGAACACAGAGGCAGAUGGCUCCCCGCCGUCUCUGCCACUUCAUAGGGGUGCGCGUAGGCGUGCAUGUGUUUCUGUGACGGUGUACAUUUGGGUGUCUCUCUCGCGAGUGUGUGGGGAUGUGUGUCAGAGAUAGAUAGAUAGAUAGAGAGAGAGAGAGAGAGAGCAACAAGGAGCCGCAGGGGCAUGCAGCUAAAGUUGCGCUCGUUACUUCGAGUUGUAUAAGUAUCUUCUGGUUAUUAGAGUCGUCUGCCCUCAUAUGUUUCUGCACAACAUAUUUCACAUUUUCUGCACACUCACUACACAUCCCUUUACUUCUUCGCAGGCUCUCUGCUCUCCGUACUUGGACAAUAGAUCUGGAGACAUGAGGCAGCAGCAGUCAGUAAGUAUUCACAGCACGUGAAAAUCUCUCUCUGGAGCUCUCUCACACCCACAUCCCGAUACCGUCUACCUAUGCUGACCAUCGGGUCACUGACACGUGAUACGCUCUUUCCCCGCGCAUGCGUCGACGAGCAUACUGGCACGUGUGACUUUGAGACGCAUAUAAAAUCUGCAUGUGUCGGGCGUGCGAACCCUGGAAGGCAGCCCCUUAUCCCCUCCCACGUAUAGGGAGAGUAUCUCCGACGUCAUCUAUGUGCUGUGCUCCGCUCAAUGACUCAGCAAACCCGCUGCUUACACACGUCCUUGAAAACCACACGCGCUGGCUUCCUAAAUGAGCGUACCAAUCACACGAUUUAAACUGACUGAAGAAUGCCCUCUCUCUCUCUCUCUCUCUCUCUCUCUCUCGCUCAUUUCUUUUAUUCUCAGGUACAUGAGGAAAGUAGCUGCAUAUUCCCCGAAGACCCUGGUCAGGUACGCUUUAUUCGUUCCAGCUCACACACCUUCCUCCUUUCAUUCAAAAGAACUAAAUAAGCGCUACACAUGUCGUAAUUAACUUCGGAUCUCCAGCUUAAUUAAGACGUAACAGAGUUUGGAGCUUUACAGCCUCUAAUCACACUUAAAAGCUUGAUCAUCAGAUCAUCUAACCACUAGAGGACAAGUCACAUGCUGACAACCUUGGUUUCUCUCCCGCUUGACAGUUGCUGAACGACGCCGGCGUCAAGAAGCGAGGAUCAACUGAGAAGGUAGUUUCUCAUUUACAGUGGAUAAAUGUUACCUCACUGCAUGGUGGAAGUACUACAUAAAUGUUCAUAAGUCACGAGUAGGUCUUAUGGCAGGAGGUCGAGGACGGGGCGGACUUGAAGAGCAGAGGGCUCUGCCUUGUUCCUGUCUCCUGCACCCUCCACGUCGGCAAUGAUAAUGGCGCCGACUACUGGGCACCGAGUUUAGGUGGCGGGUUCCGAUAG